CGGCCAUUUGAGGCGUAUCACCAGCGCCCACGCUCCGCCUGCUUCCCUCACAUUCACCUUUCGCGCCGCCGGAUCAAGUGCACUCCACCUCUGCGCCGACCGUGUCCGCCGCACCCCAUCUGCAGCCGGCUAUGGCGUCCUUUUUCUCCAGCGUACGCCAAGGACUGGCCGGACGCUCCAACAAGAGCAGCAACCAGCAGGGCAAAGGCGGCAACGGCACCCCUUCACCAACCACCAGCGGACCGUACUCGCCUUCUGCCGCCCCAGGCCAGACACCAAGCUUUCCCCCCAUGCCCCAUUCCCCCGCAUUGUCCUCCGCCAUGUCUUUUGAGAGCCAAGCUACUCAGGAGGGGGCCCCCUCUGGUUCGCGCCGCCCACCCUUCUUCUUUCGCGAAGAGUACUCUUCUUUGAUUGUCCGCGGUAACUUCAUGACUUUGGCUGCAAAGCCCAACCUCGUCGAGGAGGGCGAGUGGCUGGCGCACCAAGUCGUCGAGCAGUACCGCCUGCUGGAACAGAUGAUCAACAUUAUCAAGGUGCCGGAUGAGAGGACCGGGAAGCCUUGCUGCAACCCAGAAGUGUGCCCCACCAUGUCGGCCAGCGGCCACACCUACACAUGGCUCGACAACAACAAGAAGCCCAUCAAGAUCCCCGCUAUCCAGUAUAUCAACCUCGUUCAGAAAUGGAUCUCAGGCAAAAUCACCGACCCCUCCAUCUUCCCCACCGACACCGCCCGCUUCUCAGACUCGGCCUCGAGCUACGCCUCCGGCUCCCUCACCCCAUCAUCUACCCCUCAGCCCCUCGGCCCAACCAGCAUCAAUGCCCCCCUCUCGCAGCUCUCCGGCCGUGAAUGGCUCGGCAAGAGCUCCGGGUUCCCCGAGACCUUCGAGGGCGACAUUAAGAGCAUCUAUCGCCAGAUGAUGCGCUGCUACGCUCACAUCUACCACGGCCACUGGCUCGACCCCUUCUGGCACGCGGGCGCCUACAAGGAGCUCAACACCUGCUUCGUUCACUUCAUCAACGUGGGCAAGCUGUUCAACCUCAUCACCGAAAAGGAGAUCGAGCCCAUGCAGCCCCUCGUUGACCUCUGGCUAUCCAAGGGCUUGCUGCCGCCGCCGCCUCAGGCCGCGCAGGCGCUGAAGGAGGGUGCGCCUCCGAGCGGUGCGCCACAGGGUGUGGCCGUGUAGGGUUUUGCUUGUUGGUCGCUUUAGCGUGCAUGCAGCGGGGAGCCGCCGUCUGGAAUGGCUGGUGUCUGGCACGGGACGAGGGCGGUCCAAAGUUUUACGGCCUGUGUCGUUUGGGAUGAGUGGAAAGCUGGCGAGGAAAUUGGUCGCAUAGGUGGAGUGGGCGUUCAGGUUCUGGGAUGUGCAUUCGGCAUGAUAUAGAAGACUUAUGACUUGCUCGUUGUGAAUGGAAACAAUCUUGCAACCCAACACCCCCUGGUUCUAAUGAGCCG